AUGAAGGUCCGGCGGGAUGUUAAAAAAAAAAAAAUAAUAACGAUCUCAGGAAGUAUCACUACUGCCUGUAAGAUCGGCUCUGAGUGUUGUAGUCGAUCUGUCGAGGAGGUGCAUAGGUACCGAUUGAUUUUACAUGAAAUCGGACAGAAAAAGCAAGACACGAUCGGUUCACAGUCGGCCGAGAGACUACAAGACUUUUGCCUCUUGCGUGUGUGCCAGGUCUGCUCAGAUGCGACACUAAAAAAACAAAUGAAGAUUCGAACUUCAACUUUAUUAAUAAUGAUGAUGAGUUUAAUGUUACUAGAAGUAGAACCCCUCUCCUGGUACCAAAAGAAACACAGAGAAAUGCGACACAAAAAAAAAUAAAUGAAGAUUCGAACUUCGAGUUUAUUCAUAAUGAUGAUGAGUUUCACGUUACUAGAAUUAAAACCCCUCAGAUGGUCUUCAUUGAGACACAGAAAGAAUAUGUAACUUAAAAAUAAUCACCAAUUUGACAAUUAAUUAAAAAUUAAAGGAAGAUUUUUACAAAAAAUUUUUUAAAUAAUUAAAUUCUGUUUGGAAAUUUUAUGAAAAAGUGUUUAUUGAAAAUCAUUGAAU